CGGGAAACGACAGGCUCCGGAGUGGUGCAUAGAUCUGUGGAGGGGGGCUGUGACGCGUCCCUGCGUGGUGGGCAUCGCGUCGCGUGGCUCCGCUCUGCGCACGGUGCUGGUCGCCCCGGAAGCCCCCCGCCCUGCCACGCGGGCAGUGCCAGGAGUCCAGCGACCCUUGAAUCUCUCUCUCUCUCUGCAGCCGGCUGUUGGGCAAAAAACCUGUCGCCGUCUGCAUCAUGCAUACAGGAGCAGACAGGACCUGUGUCAGCAGGAAGGGCGCUGCCACUGACAGCUGCCUGGAGUGCUCGGCAUCCCGGGAGAACCGAACCAGCUGCGGAAGGGCCACAUCCCCCAGCCUCACUGUGCAAGAAAGCAGGGCGUGGCUGCCCCUGACUCGGGAACCGCUGUCAGUUUGGUUUGGUUUGGUUUGAGUGGGAUUUGCUUUUGUUCGGGGGUAAAGGUGAGCACAGGGCCUCACACAUGCUAGGCUAGCUCUGUGCCACGGAGCACACCCCCAGCCCAGGGUGAUCGUUUCAAACGACGAAGGAUGUGAGACCAAAGCUGGUGUGGUGGCGCACGCAGGUUAUCCAGCUCUCGGGAGGCUGAGCAGAAAGGCGAGUGCGAGGCCACCUAGCCCUGUUUCAAAACAAGCAAACAAAACGAAAGGCGAGAAACGCUUUGGAGUAACUGUGCUACUACUAAAAAUGGAAGCUUAACGCGCAUAGCUUUACAAGGAGGAACUGCUGACAGAAUGCAUUCACAGCACAAAGUAGAAUUAGUCACUGCCCGGCGCAGGUCCCUUAGGAGUCCCCACCGCGACCACUGCAGACUGCGGGACUGGGGGGCGGGGGCACGCACAAUUGUCCCCAUCCUUCUCCGCUCUGCGCAGCUAGUUCUGCUUGAUCCCUUGGCCUAAUUCCCUGGUUGAAGUCCAGAGCCGGCUGUGGAGAGGGAAGGCCAUCGCCUCACCCCGCCCUUCAGCCCUCUGUCCCGCAGGGGCCGGGCUUUAGGGCCUCGGGAGCAGGCUUUCGCUCCAGGCGACCCCGGUAGCCAGCGCGGCAGGUGCAGCACCGCUCGGGUCCGGGAGGAGGGGUCCUAAGGAUCUCCGCACAUCCAUCCCAUUGGCCAGGACCCAGCGGCUCUGUCGGGAAGAGGCUUCAGUUUGAAGCACAUCUGUUGGAACCUACUUCUUCAGGACCCCAGCUCAUACAGAAGACCAGCUGUAACACCCAGCCUCGUGGGACCGAGAAACUACUAGGGUCUUGGACUUCCCGUUCACAGCUGAUCACUGUUGGGUUAGUUGGGCUGCAGACUAGGUCCUGAGUUCAAAUCCCAGCAACUACAUGGUGGCUCACAACCAUCUGUAACGAGAUCUGACUCCCUCUUCUGGAGUGUCUGAAGACAACUACAAUGUUGGCAUUCAGAUGUAGAUCUCCAGACUGGCACCUGUGAGAACUGUGACAGACUGUUCAGUCCUGUGUCUGACCACCUGGUGUGACGAUGGCAGCCAGGGUGAUUUGGGGUAGUCUCAGCCUGCUUCGAGUCUCAUGGUGUCUCCUUCCCCAGAAUGGCUACAUACACCCAGAUGAAUUCUUCCAGUCCCCCGAGGUCAUGGCAGAGGACAUCCUGGGUGUGCAGGCUUCACGGCCCUGGGAAUUUUACCCCAGCAGCUCCUGCCGCACUGUGGUCUUCCCACUGCUGACCUCUGGCUCUGCCUUCUGGUUGCUCAGGCUCUGGGAAGAGCUGGGGCUCUGGCCUGGUCUGGUGAGUGGCUACAUGCUGCUGGUGGGGCCCCGACUCCUUCUCACUGCCCUCUCCUUUGCCCUGGACUGGGCUAUGUACUAUCUGGCCCCGUUGUGGGGGGCAGAUCGUUGGAAUGCCUUGUGCCUGCUGUCUGGUUCCUAUGUCACCCUGGUUUUCUACACAAGGACCUUCUCCAACACCAUCGAGGGACUGCUCUUCACCUGGCUGCUGGUGCUGGUGUCCCCUUAUGUGGCAAGGAGUCCCACCUCAAAGAAGCCUCCCCCAGGUCCACGGUGGCACAGCUGUCUUCUCGGUGCUAUCCUGGCUGCUGGCUUCUUCAAUCGGCCAACCUUUCUAGCCUUUGCUCUGGCCCCCCUCUCUCUCUGGGGCAUCCAUAGAGCUUUGGGACUUGGUGGCAUCAAGGCCCUGAUCCAGGAGGCCCUGAUGCUCUUGCCAGGGGCUGCUGCAGCUGCAGUGCUGUUUGUGGCCAUGGACAGCUGGUAUUUCUCCAGUCUCGAGAGAUCCAUGGGCGUCGUUCUCACGCCUGUCAACUUCCUAUACUACAACCUGGAUCCCCAAAACCUUGCAAGGCAUGGCACACAUGCACGGCUCACUCACCUGGCCGUCAAUGGCUUCCUGCUCUUUGGGGUACUGCACGCUCGAGCUCUGCAGGCUGCAUGGCAACAACUCCACACCUGCCUCCGUGCAUUUCCACAAAGCGGCCGCUUGAGGAUGCUGGGUGUCCGGGCUCUGUUGUCUAGUUCCAAGUCUUAUCUCCUUCUUUUCUACUUUACACCCCUGCUCCUGCUAUCCGCCUUCAGCCACCAAGAGGCUAGAUUCCUGAUUCCCCUCCUAGUCCCUCUAGUCCUGCUGUGCAGUCCACAAACCCAAUCCGUACCCUGGAAGGGUACUCUUGUCCUCUUCAACGUCCUGGGCGCACUCAUCUUUGGCUGCCUGCAUCAGGGAGGUUUGGUACCCGGCCUGAAGUACCUGGAGCAGGUAGUCCAUGCACCUGUCCUCUCAGGCACGACCACCCACUACACACUUCUCUUCACACACACCUACAUGCCUCCCCAGCACCUCUUACACCUCUCAGGCCUGGGAUCACCUGUGGAGGUGGUAGACACGGGUGGGGCCGAGGACUGGGUCCUGUGUCAAGCCCUGAACAACUUGAGCAGACAACCCGCCUGCCAACUGGCUGGUGGGCCGUGGACCUGCCGACUCUUUGUGGUAAUUCCUGGGACCAACAGGCAUGCUCUGGAGAAGUGCCAUUUUCCCCUCAAGAAUGAGACUCUCUUGUUUCCCCACUUGACCCUGGAGGACCCUCCAGCCCUGUCCGCCCUGCUUGGUGGGGCUUGGAGGAAGCAUCUCAGUCUUCACAUCAUAGAGCUGGAGAAGCCUGUUAUGACAGAGCAGCCCAAGAUUCAGCCUUAGAAGCCACUCGGCCUUCUACACAGGCUGCUGGGCUGGGACACUGGAAUAGACCCCCCUGUUGCUCUCUCUUCUGGGCAUAGCCAAAGGUUGUUUUAGGCGAGCCCACAUUCCUUUCCCUUAGACAACCAAAGAUCUGACCAGCCAUGGUCCCAAAGCCAAGGUCCCCAAAGUAGCCUAGCAUAGCCACUGGCACCUGUCUGUUUCUGUGCUGUUCUUUCCAAACACUGUCAUGUUUAAAAUACACAGCAGCACCUGGUUAUGAAAGACGAUCAACCGCUGAUGACAUUCCUGAGUGGCCCGCCCCCAAAUUUUCCACAAUGCCUGACUUCUUGCUACCAUGACGAUCGCCUGACUUCCAAUUUUGCUUUCUAGAUAAAGAGUGUGGUGAAGUAGGCAGGGGAGAGGGGCUCACAUUCAACUCUAGCCAGUCUUCUACUCACAUAAGAAAAUGCCUUCCACUCAGCCAACCUGACAACAAAUGAGAGGGUCCAAAGAUCAGUGUCACUGCCAGGGCCACAGCACAUGCCCCCUUGUCUGAUAAGAGCACCCUCAUGGCUCCUCGAGGUUCUUCACCUAGGAAGCAGCAGGAGAGUGCUUGAUGGACUUUGGUGCCUGUGGACACAGUGCUUUGCUAUUACCCAAACAAGCCAUUCUAGAAAAUGUCUCCCUAUCCUCUUCUGCUCCUUGACUUGAACGAUGGUGUGGUGGAAUUCUCCAGUCAUUCUCUAAGACUAGGGAAUAUAGCUCAGUGGUAGGCUGCCUGUUUAGCAUGCUCGAGGCUGUAGGCAUGAGCCCCAGCACCAAGGGAAAAAUAAUCCUUCUCCCAGAAUAAGGAAGCCUCUCAGCACUGCUUGAGGCCCUCUUAGUCUGUCCCAGUGGGAACUGAGAACAGAGCUGCUCAGAAUCUGGAACCCAGUCUAAAACCUUUCCAAUAGCUUCAAUCCUUUUAGGUACUAAGAUUAGCUGAGUAGCCUAAAUACAAAGAAAUUGGGCUAAGAGUCUCAAAAUGACAAGGCAGGACACAGGGUUUCUAUCCCUGCACAAACAUCAUGACCAAAAAGCAAGUUGGGGAGGAAAGGGUUUAUUCAGCUUACACUUCCACAUUGCAGUUCAUCACUAAAGGAAGUCAGGACUGGAACUCAAGCAAGUCAGGAAGCAGGAGCUGAUGCAGAGGCCAUGGAGGGAUGUUACUUACUGGCUUGCUUCCCCUGGCUUGCUCAGCUUGCUUUCUUAUAGAACCCAAGACUACCAGCUCAGGGAUGGCACCACCCACAAUGGGCCCUCCCCCUUGAUCAUUAAUUGAGAAAAUGCCCCACAGCUGGAUCUCAUGAAGGCAUUUCCUCAACUGAAGCUCCUUUCUCUGUGAUAACUCCAGCCUGUGUCAAGUUGACACACAAAACCAGCCAGUACAAUUACUAAUCACAGACCAUAGUGAGUACCCCAAACCGACCCUCAAAAUGGGGAAGAAACACAUGCGCUAUGGAAUCAGCAGCCUUAAUGCUUAGUGGUGAGAGAAAAGGCAAUUCCUGAGCAGGAUAAAGGCUGCGAAGUGUAGGGAGUGAUCAAUAACACAGACCCUGGGCUCACUCUGCAAGGCGCUGGGUUACUUGGAAAGUGGCCUCCAUUUCUUAACAGAAUGGGAUUUUAAGUCACAAGCCACACAGAUCUCGAAAGCUAGUAUCU